AAGGAAUGUAUGGUUGCAUAUUUGUGUGUAUAAUGUGUGUACACAUGUAUAGGGGCUAUGCAUAUGUAUCUGUUUAUGGAUCUGCCCAGGGCCUUUUCUCUCCUUUUUAGAUGGUGUGGGGAGGGAGGGGGUUAGGCACCUUCUCUUUUCCCCAGUCUCCCCCAUCCCCACCAGCUCAGCCCAUCCCUGGGUACCUGUAACUCCUCAAUACUGGAAACCGGUUCCGGCCAGUCUGUUCAGCCUUGUCAGUAGCUGCUGCCCCUCAGCCCCCUCCCCUUGGUACCUUAGGAAUUGCCCUGGUUCCCGUAAAGCCCAUGACUGAGCAGCAGUUGGUAGGGAGGCGGGGGAGAGGGAGAAUCCAGUAAAGGCAGACAACAUAUCUCAGGCCCACAUAGCUCUCAGGCUUUGGCUGGCACAUAUCCUCCAAGAGCUGGGCCCAGCCCUCCUCAGGCCCCUGUGAAGUACCGGCCCUGUUGCAGCCUGGGUUAGGUUCAGGUUUGGGGCUGUGUCUUUAAGGUGGAAACAUCAGCAGCAGACAACCUCUGCAGGGAUAGGGGGAGGGUGAGGGGAGUUGGUCAGUCCAUUAGCUGCAGAGCUGGCGCCAAUCACUAGCCCUUCACAGGGCCCUGGGGAAUAGGGAGAGAUCAGCCCUUCCCCAGCCCCCUCUGCUUCUGCUCUCCUGUCCCGUAUUUCUUCUGGGUAUGGUGAAGGAGGCAGCCGCAGACAGCAGGUGAAAGGAUGGCCCUGUUUCCAGCAAGUGGAGCAAGUGGAGGCCCAGGCCAGGCCAGCUCUCCAUCCACCUAACCUCAUUAUUCAUGUGCCAGAAGCUUGCCCUUUAACCUCAGGUCCUUCUAUUCCAUAAUUUUUAUCAAAUAUUCGGGGCAGGGACCCCAAUUCAAGUCAAGACUUCCCAUCCUAGGCUCUAGCUUUGAAUGCUUGCUGGAAGGCGCUGACCCCUACCCCACCCCAUCCCCGUCUAUAGUCACAUUCCCGCUUCUACCCGCUCCAGCAACAGGGGGAAUCAAGUAGGCUGGGCGCCCCGCACCCAGGCGGGGGAGGGAGCGGCGCCGCCGCAAGUUCCGCAGGGUGGGGCGUCCCCCUCCCCACACAGCCCAGCUAUAGCAGGCCCUCAGGCCAGUGGGAGGAGCUGCUCGUGCCCCCCUCCGGGGGACCACAGGGCUAUAAAGCCGCCCCGCAGCUGUCUGCGGCUCCUUUCCGCCCCGUCCUAACUCUGAGAGCGGUGAUCACCAGCAGUCAUGAGCCACCAUCCGUCGGGCCUCCGGGCCAGCAUCAGCUCCACCUCAUACCGCCGCACCUUCGGGCCUCCACCCUCACUGUCUCCCGGGGCCUUCUCCUACUCGUCCAGCUCGCGCUUCUCAAGCAGCCGCUUGCUGGGCUCGGCAUCCCCGAGUUCCUCGGUGCGCCUGGGCAGCUUUCGUGCCCCUCGAGCUGGGGCCCUGCGCCUGCCCUCAGAGCGCCUCGACUUCUCCAUGGCCGAGGCCCUCAACCAGGAGUUCCUGGCCACUCGCAGCAACGAGAAGCAAGAGCUACAGGAGCUCAAUGACCGCUUCGCGAACUUCAUUGAGAAGGUGCGUUUUCUAGAGCAGCAGAAUGCAGCCCUGCGCGGCGAGUUGAGCCAGGCCCGGGGCCAGGAGCCAGCGCGCGCCGACCAGCUGUGCCAGCAAGAGCUGCGAGAGCUGCGGCGAGAGCUAGAGCUGCUGGGCCGUGAGCGCGACCGGGUGCAGGUGGAACGAGACGGGCUUGCAGAGGAUCUGGCGGCGCUCAAACAGAGGUUGGAGGAAGAGACGCGAAAAAGAGAGGAAGCGGAGCACAACCUCGUGUUCUUCCGCAAGGAUGUGGACGACGCCACCCUGUCCCGCCUGGAACUAGAGCGCAAGAUUGAGUCCCUGAUGGAUGAAAUUGAGUUCCUCAAGAAGCUGCACGAGGAGGAGCUGCGAGACCUGCAGGUGAGCAUGGAGAGUCAGCAGGUGCAGCAGGUGGAGGUAGAGGCCACGGUGAAGCCAGAGCUGACCGCGGCGCUGAGGGACAUCAGGGCGCAGUAUGAGAACAUCGCAGCAAAGAAUCUGCAGGAAGCAGAGGAGUGGUACAAAUCCAAGUAUGCAGACCUGUCCGAUGCUGCCAACCGGAACCAUGAGGCCCUGCGCCAGGCCAAGCAGGAGAUGAACGAGUCUCGACGCCAGAUCCAGAGCCUGACAUGCGAAGUGGACGGGCUGCGCGGCACUAAUGAGGCGCUGCUCAGACAGCUGCGGGAGCUGGAGGAGCAGUUCGCCCUGGAGGCAGGUGGGUACCAAGCUGGGGCUGCGAGGCUCGAGGAGGAGCUGCGACAGUUAAAGGAAGAGAUGGCGCGGCACUUGCGUGAGUACCAGGAGCUUCUGAACGUCAAGAUGGCCCUGGACAUCGAGAUAGCAACCUACCGGAAAUUGCUGGAGGGCGAAGAAAGCCGGAUCUCCGUGCCCAUCCAUUCCUUUGCUUCUUUAAGUUUAAAGACAACUGUGCCUGAGAUGGAGCCUUCCCAGGACAUCCACAGCCGGAAGAUGGUUCUAAUCCGAACAAUUGAGACCCGGGAUGGGGAGCAGGUGGUGACAGAGUCCCAGAAGGAGCAGCAUAGUGAGCUUGACAAAUCUUCCACUCACAGCUAUUGAGCCCCUUGGCUGGAAGGUCCCUGCUCCUGCUCUAGGCCUACUCUAAGCCUGGACCCUAAAACUAGCCCUGAAUGAGUUUCCCCUCCUCUGCAUGUGUCUGGGGUGGCACCAAUCCCCCCACCCCUGUCUCUUAGCUAAGUCCUACCUGGCCAGUACUAGCUGAGCCUCUUCCUGACCUGAUACAUAUACUUAUUUCUUUGUGUCUUGGUAAGAGGCUGAUGAGUACCAGGACAAGUCUGCUCCAGUCAUGAUCCCAUGGUGGGGAUGGGUAGGGUCUGAGUCUGAGUUUCACUGUUGAGUCAAAUAAAACUGCUAUUAAGAGAAA